GACGCAAAAAUCCACAUACCCUAAGGACAAUGGAAGCAGAUGAUGGUCAAGACAUGUCCCAAAUUUCAGGAAAGGAAAGCCCUCCUAUAAGCGAUACUCCUGAUGAUGGCGACGAGCCCAUGCCUGUCCCAGAAGACUUGUCCACCACUUCUGGAGGGCAGCAGAAUUCCAAGAACGAGAGAAGUGUUGUUACAUAUGGGGCUGAUGGCUUUAGGGACUUUCAUGCAAUAAUUCCCAAAUCUUUCUCUCCCAGUAAUGUUAAAAUAGAGACUCAGAGUGAUGAAGAGAAUGGGCAUGCCUGUGAAAUGAAUGGGGAAGAAUGUGCGGAGGAUUUACGAAUGCUUGAUGCCUCAGGAGAGAAAAUGAAUGGCUCCCACAGUGACCAAGGCAGCAAGGCUUUGUCAGGAAUUGGAGGCAUUCGACUUCCUAACGGAAAACUAAAAUGUGAUAUCUGUGGGAUCAUUUGCAUCGGUCCCAAUGUGCUCAUGGUUCACAAAAGAAGCCACACGGGAGAACGCCCUUUCCAGUGUAAUCAGUGCGGCGCCUCAUUCACGCAGAAAGGCAAUCUCCUCCGCCACAUCAAGUUGCAUUCUGGGGAGAAGCCCUUCAAAUGCCACCUCUGCAACUAUGCAUGCCGCCGGAGGGAUGCCCUCACGGGCCACCUGAGGACGCACUCCGUUGGUAAACCGCACAAAUGUGGAUAUUGUGGCCGAAGCUAUAAACAGCGAAGCUCUUUAGAGGAACAUAAAGAGCGCUGCCACAACUACUUGCAAAGCAUGGGCCUCCCAGGCACGCUGUACCCAGUCAUUAAAGAAGAAACUAAUCACAGUGAAAUGGCAGAAGACCUGUGCAAGAUAGGAUCAGAGAGAUCCGUCGUGCUGGACAGACUAGCAAGUAACGUCGCCAAACGUAAGAGCUCUAUGCCUCAGAAAUUUGUUGGAGAAAAGUGCCUGUCAGAGAUGCCCUAUGACAGCAGCACCAGCUAUGAGAAGGAGAACGAGAUGAUGUCUUCCCACGUGAUGGACCAAGCCAUCAACAAUGCAAUCAGCUACCUGGGGGCAGAGUCCCUGCGCCCCCUGGUACAGACACCCCCUGGUGGAUCUGAGGUGGUCCCAGUUAUUGGUCCCAUGUACCAGCUCCAUAAGCCCCCUGGGGAUGGACCCCCACGCUCCAACCAUACUGCUCAGGAUAGCGCCGUGGAGAAUUUGUUGCUGCUCUCCAAGGCCAAGUCAAUCUCUUCGGAGAGGGAUGCUUCUCCAAGCAACAGCUGUCAAGACUCCACAGACACCGAGAGCAAUAAUGAGGAACAGCGCAGUGGCCUCAUCUACCUGACCAACCACAUCAACCCCCAUGCCCGGAACGGCCUGUCCAUCAAGGAGGAGCACCGGGCAUAUGAUGUGCUGCGGGCAGCUUCUGAGAACUCCCAGGAUGCCUUUCGAGUGAUCAGCCCCAGUGGCGAGCAGAUGAAGGUGUACAAAUGUGAACACUGCAGGGUGCUCUUUCUGGACCACGUCAUGUACACCAUCCACAUGGGCUGCCAUGGCUUCCGUGAUCCUUUUGAGUGUAACAUGUGUGGCUACCACAGCCAGGACAGGUAUGAGUUCUCAUCCCACAUCACCCGUGGUGAGCAUCGCUUCCACAUGAGCUAAGCGGCCCCUACAAAAGCCAGUGGAUUGUCGUGCACUCUUCUCUAGAGGCAGAGUGGUCACCCGCCAAGAAAAGCACAAUCACUCAUGAACAGAAAAUGGAUAAAAGAAUCGCUGCUGUCUCCCCUUAUGUCAGCAGCAUGUAAUCGAUGAUGAUGUGUUGUGAUCAUUAAGUGUUUUAGAGUUUUUAUUUUUGUUAGGGUUUUUGUUUUUUUUGUUUUGUUUUGUUUUUCUUAAGUUGUUUGGUUGGGAUUUGAUUGUUUUUUAAUACAAAUAUUUUUAUUGUUAAAUGCAGGGUUACAUUUGGAGUACUCAGAACUUUUUCUCUUACUAGACUUUUCCAUAGAUGACCCCUUUUCUAAUUCUCCUUCUCCAAGCAAUUACUCAUUUUUCACAGAGUCAUAGGAAUAUGAUCAAAAUCCGGGACGAGAUGACCUGGUCCCUGUCCGAAGCACAGGAUUCGAGUACUCCAUGAGUGUUCCGAGCCCCAUUCAACAGAGAGUGUAGCACAAAAGGUUUGUUACUUCCCGUGGAGUGAGCACUGGCGGCGGCAGACAAUAAGCACGAUCACCUGGGAGCGGCUGGCCCGGAAAGGGUACAGGUGCCACAGCAUCAACCACCUUGAAUCUGGGGCUGAGCGGUGAUCUUUUACAAAGAAAACGUUAUUUAAAGGCACUUCUGCCUAAGAAAAUAAAUUGAGAAAAGUAAUACUUCCCAGGCUCACUUGGACAGAAAGGGGAGGCUUGGAGUCAUUCAGACUCUGGGUCUUCAAGGCUGUAAAAUGUUUCUAGUUCAGAUGACUGAACUUGCUGCCAGGUGGAGUAAGCUCAGCAUUCCUGUGCACACACCUGCAGAGCUCUGUCCUCUGCUUCUCUCUGUGUCUAAUGCCCCCCAAAGUCUAUCACUGCAUCUUCAGUGCCAGUCCCAAAAUGUGGUCUUUAAGUCUUUGUGAAUAAAAGAAUCCCAUUGGUCAGAAACCAAAGGUUUGUUCCAAACGCCACACGGACGUCUUUGACUCUGUCGCCGAGGGCUUGUGAGCACAUGUUCCUGCGGAAGUGCAGGUCUCGCCACGGACCCUCGUUCUGGUGUUCUGUUUGUAGCCUGUGGUAGCCACAGGCCUGAAUUUCUUGGCAUCCAGAAAUUGAUUUCCCAACCUUUACUCUCUAUUAUCAUUGCUUUAAAAUCCAUAAAAGAAUGGUUUAAAUGAAUCUUAAUUUUCAGAUCAACAUGUGACAAAUGUUUUAGAUCAACAAAAUAUGGCAAAUGUAGCCCAGUGUCUCCUUCGCUACCCCACAAUACUGAACUAUUUGAAACUAAACUUGCAACCACCCCCCAAAACUCUGUUGUAAAAGCAGAGUAGCACACACCAUGGCGCAUGGCCCAGGAUCCUGUGCCACUGUAGAGACACGGAGUGUGUCAGGCAGUCACACGACUUACCCUGUGAAAUGGCAUAACAGAAAGGAGAUGGUGAGAACUCUUCCUGUACGUGCUAAGGCAGUCAAAUGCGUUUCCAAAGCCUGUGCUUAGAAAUUCUUAUCCCAACCAGGAAAGGUUUCCCUCAUGGUUAAUUCUGUUUAAUCUAAUUACCAUUAAGGUCAUUAAUCUCAACCACAUAGGCAAAGAAGAGUGGAUAAUUUCAAGUUUAUACAGUACUCAUCUUCACGAAACAUCUUGUCCCAAGAUGAACCUGAACAACUAACUGAGAAAAAUGUAUGCAUAAGCAUCGGAGAGCUUUGGGAUUAGUGUUUAACCACGAUUGGGAUAGCUUUUGUUUCAGCAGUUGGCUGGAUAAUUCUGUUGUGGGGAGCUGUCCUGUGCAUUGUGGAAAUAUUUAGAAGCAUCUGUGAUCACUGCCCGAUAGAUUCCAGCAGCACCCCCAAUUGUAGCAAACAAAAUUUUCUCCAGAUAGUGUCAGGUGUCCCCUAAGUGCAAAGUCGUACCUACUUGAAAACCACUGAUCAAAAUGAAUUCUACCACAGAGAUCUGGGAAAUCUUCACGAAAAAGUAAGAUGCAAACAAGCUUCUCAGUCAUCAAGUGGGACACGUUUUCUUGAACUCACUAUAAGCUUUAGCGUGGAGUAUUUCCCUCCAGUCUUCAGAAGUAUUACUCCUGGGAUAUGAAUUUCUUGAAGGGACAGUGUCCACAGAUAUGAUUCUUCAAGCAUGGAUUUCCUUGCUUAAGAAUGGUGACAUUUUUAAGCUGGAAAUAGACAAAAUUGUAAUACUCUAGAUAGUGGCACACAAGUGCACUGACUGAAAAAGAGAGAGGAGAGCUAAAACUGUCAAUAGUUUUAGUUCAGGCUGUGAUUACAGAGAAUGAUUUAUGCAAAUUAGUUAUGUUCAAAGUGAGAGCCUUCCUGAUUUCUAAUGAGUUAGUAAAUGUCAUAUACCUGGGUGGUUUUGGUUCUUGUUAUUUUUUUUUUUAAACAUUCCUCCCAUAGAAUCAAUUGGUUGAAAGCAGUUGUUUUUUCCAGUGUCAUCCAAACAAAUGUUAAACCAGAACUGGAAAUAGUGGCUACAGGAAUUCUUUUCUAAAAUUCUUUCCCUCUUCCUUCUCAUGGUCUUUAAAGCCCGCCUUUUAUUGUGGUUUUAUAUUGUACCCAUUUUGGGGGAAUUAUUAUAUUUAAUGUAAGACGUCACAUAAUGUCAGCCAGUAAUUAAAUUAUGUUUGAUAGGUGGCCAUAUACUGUACCAAAAUUAAUGUUUUUCUUCUAGCUAGUAAAAGUAAGAUUUUGCAUGACUUCACGCCUUCUUUCCCCCCUGUGGUUUUUCUGUUUUGUGAUGGUUUGCGCAUGUGUCUUGGGUGCCCCUGUGUAAUGAGAUGUGUGUAGAUUUUGUGCACACUCACUGUGUUAAAUGUCAGAGAAAAGAGGUUUCAGAGUAGCAGGUUGACCUGUUGAUUACAAUUAGAAAUGACUGUUUCUUGUUCCUUCCCCUCUCACUCAACCCACCCCAAUAACAUGGAAAAUUUCAACAUCUACUCCCUACCCUGAGUCCUGUGUGUAAUAGAUACCUUAAAAUGUGUGAGUUUUCUAGUUAAAGAGUCACUAGAAAUAUGUGCAUUGUCAUUGUAUUACGACAGAAGGUUGGGUCCCAGUACCAAUCACUUCAGAUACCAGCAUGUAUUAUUCCAAAUUUAGAAACAGCCACAGUGAAAUCACAGACGCAUCAGUGAGAACAAGAGAGUUACUGGUAGGAAGAUGUGGAUUGUUAUUUUAUUAUUAUUGUGCUUUUUUGCUCAUUUCCUUUUGUUUGGACUACAGUGUGAUUUUCAUAGUAUUCUUACCAAGACAAGAGAGAGAUAAAAUGUAUAGACUUAGACAAGUCAAGAAGCAAGUCUAUUUCUCCAUUCUUUGCUUAGAUUCCAGCAAUAAUGUGGUCAAAUCUUUAAAGUCCAGAAAUCUGUCAUUACAUGUUUUCAUUUCUUUACUUUAAAAUGAACCAAUAUGAGACUUAUUUAAGAUGUACAGGCAUCCGAAAAAGAAGCACAUAUGCUAUUGGUACAAUAGCAUUCACUGUGAACAUGUGUAACCAGAUAUUAAUAUGCAAUAUUGUUCCAAUACUUUCUAAUAUACUUUUUAAGAUAAUGUUGUGUGUGGUGACUGUUGAAUUUGUUUAUAACCAGUACAGCGUUAGGUCUUUGAUUGCCUUUUUUGACAAGUACAUGUACAGGACUGUAAAUGACAAAAACGCAGAAAAUGUAUUUCCAAUCUGCCGCUAUGAUUGUUAAAUUAUUUGUUUAGAUGUGAACACGGGAUGUACAACUGGAGGAAUCGAGUAUCCUCUUGUGCACAUUUUGAAAUGCUUCUUCU